AUGUCUCAAGACAGAUUUACCGCCACGUUUGGGACUGGUUUGUCCAUGAUCAUGCGACAAACCCAGAUGUUCAACCUGCGUGAAGCUGUGAGGCACUUCCGAAUACAAGAAAUCCAAGACCUACUGCGAGACCCGAAGUGCCCCGUCAACCGGUCAGUCAUCGAGGAUGCGGCCGUGAAUUAUUAUAACGAGGUUAUUUUCCGAUUGAUCGCGAUGGCAUUGAUUACCCGGAGGCAAAGGCUCUUGGUAGACUGUGUUUACAAUUUACCCCCAAACGAAAUGGAGCAUGUGUUACGACCCAUAGACACACGGGCAGCCUGGCUUGGGCGUCAACUGCUGAGAAACAAUGUUGUCGAUCGCGAAGUAGUCGCAGCUGCUGUUCCUGAUCUUGGCUCUCCGGAUUGCGACGCGUCGGUUUACUUCCUAGUCCGCUGCAACAGGAAGGCGGCGGAGACGUUCUACGACCUCGGAUACAGACGGGUCGACGAACUUCGUGGAAUGGGAUGCACGCCGCUUGCGGCACUAGAGAUACCGACCACGGCCGGAUAUCACGGUGAAUACAGUGUCGUUGAUCGCAGAGACGCCAUGUCUCAAUACCUCGCAAUGUGUGCUUGGUACCACGAAAGAGGAGCUUCCCUUUACACCGAUAUAGGUCCUCUCACCCUAUCUACGCCGUUACAUCGGAUAGCCCGCUGCAUUGGGAGAGCGUUUGCCGAUUUGUCAGUCCUCCACUGGCAACGGAGAGAUGGGGAAAAUGAAAGAGAGUGGCAGCGUCGAAUCAGUAUUCACUACCACUCCAUUGUUAGGCCGCUGGCAGCAAGCUCCAGUUUCACAUUUCUUAGGGCGCUAUUGUUCGACGUGCAACAUCACGAGCAGUAUGCAUGCCCAUGUUCCCUAAAUGGGCCGCUUCCAUUUGAUGUCCUGAUCAAUGAGACGGUGCACGGGGAUUCGUCAGCUCGGAGAAUAAACUUCAUGGCUAGCGCUCUCUUGCAGUCGCAAGGAUUGUGGGACAGAAGAGUGUCUGAACUCCCUCGGCAUAUAGUUUCGACCGUGGUCCGUGCCUGCACCUUUGCAUGCCUCGAUCUCAGGCAUUCCUGCGGAACGCCGAACCCUUCAAGCUCCCGCCUAAUAGGCGAAAGGAGCACUACCGACACAGGGUUGGACUUGGCGGUCUCGAAACUCCUGGUCAGGGCCCCGAACCGAGAUUGGCGAAUGGUUGAUUGUCUCGAGGACUACUGGAUGAGUAGCAUGGAGGAGCUUCAGAACCUCGGCGCGCACACAUCCACAGUUACUGACCAUGGUCAGACAUAA